GACCAGUUUUCAUAUCAAAACAUCGCAAUUUUUCGUUCUGAAUAAUUUGCAAUUGUCAAGCAAAGCACGACGACCUUUUCCUCAAAACGUGUCUUCCAACGAAAAAUCACAAGGCGAAGACAACCAUCGUCGUCUAGGGUUUGAUCUGAAAUCCUGCGAAAUCUUACGACGGCAUGAGACCAAUCCUCUUACCGGAGCCACCGACUACACCCACCGGCGUACCGGAGAUUUUCGAAGGCGGAGCUUACACCGUUGUCAGACGCGCCGUCGUCAUCGGCAAUGGAUUCCCUGGCUCUGAGAAUCAGAGCAUCGGUCUCGUUCGCGCGCUCGGCUUGGCGGAGAAGCAUAUCCUCUAUCGAGUUACGAGGCCGAAAGGGGGGAUUAAUGAGUGGCUCCACUGGCUUCCAGUUAGUCUUCACAAAAAGUUGGAUUAUAUCCUCAGGCAUAUUUACCUCUACUCCAGAUUGUUGUUAAAAACACAAAACAGUAAAUAUAUUGCACCUGUACCAUCAGAAAAUGGUGGCGGUGUAGGCUUAUCAUCUAUUUUGGAGGCUGAUGUGAAGAAGAUUGUAAGCAUGGCCAGAGAAACCUUUGAAAAGGAUGGACCCUUGCUGGUGGUUGCAUGUGGGAGAGAUACAAUUUCUAUUGCUAGCUCGAUACGGCAUUUGGCAUCUGAAAACGUCUUUGUUGUGCAGAUAAAACAUCCUAGAUCACGGUUAAAUAGAUUUGAUAUGGUUAUCACACCACGUCACGACUAUUAUCCACUGACCCCUGAAGCACAAGAGCAGGUUCCUCGGUUUCUGCAUAGGUGGAUAACUCCUCGUGAACCUCCUGAUGAUCAUGUGGUACUUACUACAGGAUCUUUACAUCAGAUUGAUUACGCUGCACUCCGUAAUGCAGCUAGCACCUGGCAUGAUGAAUUUGCUGCCCUUCCAAAGCCCUUACUCAUUGUUAACAUUGGCUGGCCUACACGUAAUUGCAGGUAUGGAGCAGAUCUUGCGAAGCAGCUAACAGCCUCCCUUCUUAGCGUCAUUGCUUCAUGUGGGAGCGUCAGAAUAUCUUUCUCCCACAGGACCCCCGGAAAGGUCUCUAAAAUCAUUGUCAAAGAACUUGGAGACAAUCCAAAAGUUUACAUUGGGAAUGGCCAAGAACCAAAUCCAUACAUGGGACAUUUAGCUUGGGGUGAUGCCUUUGUCGUGACAGCAGACUCUGUCAGUUUGAUAAGCGAGGCCUGCAGCACAGGUAAACCAGUGUAUGUAAUUGGUGCUAAUCACUGUAAAUGGAGGAUAGCAGAUUUCCACAAAUCUUUGAGGGAGCGAGGAAUGGUCCGCCCUUUGACAGGCUCUGAAGAUAUGGCUGAAAGUUGGAGUUAUCCUCCACUGAAUGAUACCGCUGAGGCAGCAAACAGAGUGAGGCAAGCGUUGGCGGCGAGAGGGUGGAGUGUACGGCCUUGAAAUUUGUCUUAUGGCCUAUUUCUCUCAUGUUGUAAGUUUUUAUUUGCAGAAUCAAAUCUUUUGGCCCGAGGGAAAGCAUAAGCCUUUGAGGGGAAAAAGGGAAAUUUGCAUAUGCAUGCGCAUAGGUGAAGAAAACCGCCAAGUCUCUCUCUCUCUCUCUAUUCUCUUGGCAGUUUUAUUUUGUUCUUUUAGUUUUGAUGAUUUUAUUUUACCAAAUAGGAGAAAUAAAAAUAAAAAUCUUUGGCUGUAUUCGAGCGGCUUGUAUGAAAUGUGAAGAGGGGUUUUUGUGGUAAUUUUUGUUCUUCACCAUGCCAGAAUCAUUCGAGAUUUGUUUGUGUAAAUCAACAUUGUUCACGGAGAGUGACUCGGGUUAAGCCCGAUGGUUCCGAAUUC